GACGGUGCACGUUAUGUCCCAAACUAAGUACCUGGAAAUCAGAAACCCUGAUACUUCUGGCUGCUCUCCACCGACCUGUCUGCACGUACGUGACGCGUGGGAGGGAGGGGGAAGACUACUUAAAGGCGGAUUAAAGCUGGCAAGACAUUAAAUCCAACCUCCCUCCAUCCAGACGCAGCGCGCAGCCCAUCAAACUGAUCUGAAGAUCGAAAAUAGGAGGGCUUAUAGUAAUCAGCCCUUCAGACUCUCAUGACAAGGAAAAGUGUGGCAACGUUGUGGGAGCGCUCGGCACACACAGCAGGACUGGCGCUGCGCGCUCAGCGCAUAACCAACCAGAUAGCGCGCAGAGAGAAAGAAAGAGACGAGGACGGUAGCAGCAUCCCGUGACGGAUGCAUUUUUUUUUAGCUAAAAUCGAGCCUUGUGGAGACUGACAACAGCAAUAGACAGAAAGAAGCCGGACGGGAAAUAAAACCCUUUCUUUUUGGAGGGAUUUGAACACAGUGCCGUUGCGCUCUCGUCUCCUCCGGAUGCUCAGAAAUGGGGGAAUGGACUAUACUAGAGAGGCUCCUGGAGGCUGCUGUCCAGCAGCACUCUACUAUGAUCGGAAGGAUCCUACUAACAGUGGUGGUCAUCUUCCGGAUUCUAAUCGUAGCGAUAGUUGGAGAGACUGUCUAUGAUGACGAGCAGACCAUGUUUGUUUGUAACACCUUGCAACCGGGUUGCAACCAGGCAUGCUACGACAAGGCAUUCCCCAUUUCACACAUUAGAUAUUGGGUUUUUCAAAUCAUCAUGGUGUGCACUCCGAGCCUUUGUUUUAUCACAUACUCGGUGCAUCAGUCGGCCAAGCAGAAGGAGCGGCGCUACUCAACAGUCUAUCUGACACUAGAUAAGGAUCAAGAUUCGCUGAAACGAGACGAGAGCAAAAAGAUAAAGAACACCAUUGUUAAUGGAGUACUUCAGAACACAGAGAACUCCACCAAAGAAGCCGAGCCAGACUGUUUAGAAGUCAAAGAGAUCCCCAAUUCGGCCAUGAGAACUACAAAGUCCAAAAUGAGGAGGCAAGAGGGCAUCUCCAGGUUUUACAUCAUCCAGGUGGUUUUCAGAAACGCGCUGGAAAUAGGCUUUUUGGUGGGUCAGUAUUUCUUGUAUGGAUUCAACGUCCCCUCGGUGUAUGAAUGUGAUCGCUACCCCUGCAUAAAAGAUGUCGAGUGCUACGUCUCCAGACCCACGGAGAAGACGGUGUUCCUGGUCUUCAUGUUCGCUGUCAGUGGGUUUUGUGUGGUGUUGAACCUGGCAGAACUCAAUCACUUGGGCUGGCGGAAAAUCAAAACGGCCGUGCGAGGCGUGCAGGCUCGGCGAAAGUCCAUUUAUGAAAUCAGAAAUAAGGACUUGCCAAGGAUGAGUGUGCCUAAUUUUGGCCGCACUCAAUCCAGUGACUCAGCUUAUGUGUAACACACGUGGAAAAAAACAUGUAAAAAACAAAAAACAAAAACCAUGAUGGACAUGAUGGACAGCUGUGCACGCCGAAUUCGUGUCAUGACUUAAAGAGUGGGCAAUUUUUUUUUAAUUUGUUGGUCUUUGACAGACUUCAUGGCAAGCGUGGAUUACACGUUUGUUUACUUAUUUAUUCUUGCACUGAUGCAACUUUUUAGUAACGUUUAUACUCUGUAGGAUGGUAAACGGAGACCAUGUUAACGUGUUCACAUAUUUACUCUGGGGCUGUUCUGCUGUACUUGAAGAGAGUAAAUGCAAAAAUAAUUGCACUAAGAGGUGAACACUUGAGAGCCUGACCUUAUCCAAAUGUGCUACUGACCUGACGGUGUUUUCAAGACAUUUUCUUUCCACCUGUUUUGUUUUUGGCACCAACCUAAUUAAAUGGCACCAUACAAAGGAAAAAAAUCAACCACCCAGAUUUAUAUAUAAAUAUAGAUAUAUAAAUCCUUACUGACUAUGGUUCAGCGUAGAUAAAACACAUCAGCUUACUUCAUGUUUUUUUGUUGCCUGUGUUGCACCACUGACCUUAACACAUGUAUCCAUUCCACUGCUUAAUAGCUAACUUGCAAAACAGUAUCUGGUGAAUUUGCUGCAAAACGCUAACGUCUGUGAUUUCCUUAAUUUAUGACACACCAAAGCGCCCACUGCUUUUAUUUGUGAAGUGUUUUCUUGCUUUUGUGUAAUCAAGUGCCAUACUUGUAUAUAGACAUAAUAUAUAUAUAUAUAGAUAUGUAUACAUAUGAAUAUAUAAAUAUAUAAUAAUCAUCAUGAAAGCCGAUUCCCUGCUUGGAUUAUGCUAAAUACCGCCUAAUUUCUUAUUUGCUUUAAAUGUAUUUGUUGUGAUUUAAACGAAAAAGAAAAGAGAUAUAAAAUUUUAUCUGUUUUAUUUUGCAAAUGACUGGAAGAAGAAAUGAAGUGCUACUCUUUUUUUAUAUACAAGAAAUGUCUCUCCCCAAACCGAGCUGAUAAAAACUGAAAAAUAGCACAAAAUUGAAAUUUUUAUCAAAGAACGGGCAAUAGAAAUCUGCUCUGGUGCUACAGUUUUUCAUAGAAUGGUUUUAAAAUGUAACCGAAACAGAUCAGAAAAAAAACUAACAUCUUUUUUUUUCUGUGGAAAAUAAAAGUGGGAUUAAUGUACACCAGAAAUGUGUGAGGUGCAGUACUUUGUGUCCGCUGCUGGAGCUUGUUUGGAGCUGACCUAUCACACAGAUAUCCAGUGGAAGUUUUGCCUUGGUGCAGUGAAGAAUUAAGCCACACCCACUUAGUUAAAAAAAAAAAGGAGGAAAAAAAGGAAAAGAAAAACCUACCGCAGGACACACCUUGUGCAGGAUCUCACCAAUCUGCAAUGUGUUGCAACACUGAUGCUGCUUCCACGAGGCGCAUCAAUACUUAUGCUACAUAAAGAAGUGGCCUGGGGGAACUUUUAAUCUAUAUGACAUGCAUCAAAUCAGACACUGGCCUCAGCUCUGACAGAGUGUUUGGGUGAUAUAUUACUGAGCAAACUGUUGUGAGAAUUUACUUGUAAUAUGCAGGGAUGAGAAAAGCUGAUCAUUAUUCUGAAUGCUGAAAGAGCUGCCCUUUCUCUGCUCAUCCCUUCUCCUCUUAUUUAAAUAAAGCAAGCAGCCUGAGCUGAGGGGAGCCUUUGUGUGCAUCUUCUGAA